CAAGCUUAGUGUGGAGGAGGGAUGGUGGAGGGCUCGUGGUGGAGCGCGGCGGUGGGGCUGGGGCUAGGGUUACUGGGAAUCACAGGCUCCGCCACGAUGAUCCGGCGGCGGCGGCGCGGGAAGGGCGGCAAGAGUGGCGGCGGUGGCAUUGCGGAGAGAUGGCGGCGCCGGCGAUCAUCGCUCGAUGAGAGCGAGCAGCAGCAGCAGCAGGAUUUGGAUUCCCAGGAUCGAUUCGCUUGCAAGCGCGUGUGCGCGUCGGAUCGGAUGAUGAAGCGAGUGGGCAGCUUUGCAAAGGAUGUGACGCCCAAUUCGUGCGUCACUGUGUGUGGGGUCUCGGAUUUGGAUGCUUGCGCCGAGGCGUGCGCUCGAUCCGUUUGUUCUACCCAGCAUCACGUCCCCAAUUGGAACGAUGUUUGUAUGCGGCGAUGCCAGAGCGAGUGCCUAAGAUCAUGAGGGAGCUAUCAAUGCAGAGAAAUGAGAGCUCUUGUGUAAGCUUUCUGUGAUCCCAGCAGUGCUUGCGCCUUGUCGUUCCAUUUUGUGACAAGAUCAAGACACUUCCAGCUUCGCGCUGUCCACAUUCAGCUCUUACUCGUGACUUCCGAUCUGCGACAGGAGAUCCUGGUACGAGCUUAUGCACUCCAUGAUCUUGCCACUCCGCUUGUACCUAUAGGCAGAAAUAAAUUACAAGUACCUCACAUUACAUGCGGCUCCGCAAACUUGAAUCUUGCUUUUCUGGCC